GUGCUAAGCUAGGUUAACUCAUUUCGUAUGCAACUGGAAGACAUGGGGGCUGUGUCGUACAGCCAUUACUAACAGUCAUACUGCAGAGAGUCUGUUAAAAAUAGGAAAAUAAACGGAUAUCCCUUUUAUAGAAGCUGCUAGGUCAGACUUGAACAUGGAGUCCAUGCUAAACAAACUAAAAAGCACUGUCACUAAGGUGACUGCAGAUGUCACCAGUGCUGUUAUGGGCAAUCCAGUGACACGUGAAUUUGAGGUGGGACGACACAUUGCCAGUGGGGGGCCUGGUAUGUGCUGGAGGAUCUACAAUGGCACCAAGAAGUCCACUAAACAGGAAGUGGCUGUGUUUGUGUUUGAUAAGAAGAUGAUUGACAAGUAUCAGAAAUUUGAUAAGGACCAAAUCAUUGAUUCCCUCAAAAGAGGUGUACAACAGCUGACCAGACUGCGUCACCCUCGUCUCCUGACUGUGCAGCACCCUCUUGAAGAGUCACGAGAUUGCCUGGCAUUCUGUACAGAGCCAGUGUUUGCCAGCCUGUCCAAUGUGCUGGGCCAGUGGGAUAACCUGCCCAGCCCUGUACCCACCGACAUCAAGGAGUACAAACUAUAUGAUGUGGAGACCAAAUAUGGCUUGCUACAGAUCUCAGAAGGUUUAUCCUUUCUCCACAAUGGAGUGAAAAUGGUUCAUGGAAACUUGUGUCCAGAAAACAUCAUCCUCAACAAAAGUGGAGCCUGGAAGAUCAUGGGCUUUGACUUCAGUAUCUCCUCGACUAACCCUUCAGAUGCUGAUCCUAAGUACACAUGUAAAGAAUGGGAACCCAACCUCCCUCCACUCUGCCUCCCUAACCCUGAGUACCUGGCCCCUGAGUACAUCCUAUCUGUCAGUUGUGACUCAGCGUCUGACAUGUACUCUCUGGGUGUGGUAAUGCAUGCUGUCUUCAAUGAAGGCAAGCCUGUUUUCCAAGUCAACAAGCAUGAUAUUUUUAAGAGCUUCAGCAGGCAGCUGGACCAGCUGAGCAACAUAAGUCCAGCGCUGCUGAAUAAAAUCCCAGAGGAAGUGCGUGACCAUGUUAAAAUGCUUCUGAGCGUCACGCCCAAUGUUCGACCUGAUGCUGACCAGAUGACCAAGAUCCCAUUUUUUGAUGAUGUGGGAGCAGUGACUCUACAGUACUUUGACUCCCUCUUUCAAAGGGACAACCUACAGAAGUCACAGUUCUAUAAAGGCCUUCCAAAAGUUCUGCCUAAAUUACCCAAGAGAGUUGUGGUGUAUCGAAUCUUGCCAGCCUUGACCUCAGAAUUUGUCAAUCCAGACAUGGUUCCUUUUAUACUACCUAAUGUCCUCCUGAUCGCAGAGGAGUGCACGAAGGAGGAAUAUGUUCGCCUCAUCUUGCCUGACCUCACGCCUGUUUUUAAGCAGCAGGAGCCUAUCCAGGCUAGUAACAUGAUCCUGCUGAUCUUCCUGCAGAAGAUGGAUCUGCUGCUGACCAAGACACCAGCAGAGGACAUCAAGAACUCUGUGCUGCCUAUGGUCUACCGUGCUCUGGAAGCACCUUCUGUUCAGAUCCAGGAGUUGUGUUUGAACAUCAUCCCAACGUUUGCCAACCUCAUUGAUUACCCAUCCAUGAAGAACUCUCUCAUCCCUCGGAUCAAAUCAGCCUGCCUACAGACAUCCUCACUAGCUGUGCGGGUGAACUCUCUGGUGUGUCUGGGGAAGAUCUUGGAGUAUCUAGACAAAUGGUUUGUCAUUGAUGAAAUCCUGCCCUUCCUGCAGCAGAUCCCCUCUAGAGAACCAGCUGUGCUCAUGGGCAUCCUCGGAAUCUACAAGUGCACCUUCAGUCACAAGAAGUUGGGCAUUCCCAAAGAGCAUCUCGCCACCAAGAGCCUGCCCCACCUUGUUUCUCUUAGUAUAGACAAUAACCUUAACCUGAACCAGUUUAACUCAUUCAUGAUGGUUAUCCGUGAUAUGCUGAGUCGCAUGGAGGCUGAACACAAAACAAAGUUGGAACAGCUGCAUGUCAUGCAGGAGCAGCAGAGGAGUAUGAACAUCUCUAAUCCAGGGAGCCAAACAGAGGAGACAAAGAGCCCACCUAACUCUGGCAACCAGAUUGAUGAUAUCUUUGGCAGCACAGGGGUUAAUGGGAAAGAGAAUGGAUCUUCUGCAGCACCUGUGCAGCCCAAUAGGAUGUCUCUAACUCUGGAGGAGAAACAGCGAUUGGCUAAGGAGCAGGAGCAGGCAGCCAAACUGAGGAACCAGCAACCGUUAGCUCCGCUGUCUGUCAAACCAGCCACCACAACCACUACACAGACUAAAGAUCUGACCAGCAGCCUUCUAAACAACAUGACGUCUCUAAAUAACCUGUCCUUGGCCAAUACAGCGCGGCCAGCUCCUGUGCAGGGCUCCACCACAUCUGCCUUCCCCACCUCCAGCCCCAUGGUGGGCUCAAUGGGGGCUCCAGUGUCUAAUGGCUUUAACACACCCAUGGGUUUUCAGACAGGAGGAAUGGGAAUGGGCAUGAGGCCCACAGGCCCCAACCUUUAUGGUGGCAUGGCCACCACCACCAGCACCCCGAACUUUGGUGCCCUCACGCAGAAUCAAGGACCACUUGGCCAAACUAAUAAAGCUCCUGACAUGUCAGCCUUGGACAGUCUUUUUACACCCAGCAAACCCAAAGUCACCCUCAACCAAAUGGGUCCAAUAGCUGCACCUGGAAACAACUCCCCUUGGCUCAAUCAGUUCAGUUCAGCCCAGAACACUCAGAUGCAAGGUGCACCGGUAGGCCUGGGAGGGGCAGGGGUCCCCAGUGGGUUUGGGAUGCAGGCAAACCCCUUUUUCAACCCUCAGAACUUUUCUCAACCUGCAGCUGCCCCUAGCAUGAACCAAAGUGGGAUUAAACACAGUGCAUCAGUCAACAGCGAUCUCAAAGACUUAUUUGGGUAAAUGCGAACAGAUGCCCGGUUGAAUAUAUUCUCAAAACGACUGUGGACAGGAGCCCUCAGUUCUAACAGAACAAGAAACUGACUGAAUGUGAAGAUUUAAAAUCCUUUCAAGGGUGUUGCUGUCUGUAUUUUUAAUUGACCUGGGUUAAGUUGUAGUUUUGACUCUCACAUUCAGCUGGUCACUUGGCCUUGGCAAAUCAGUCUGCAACGAAAUUCCAUUUAUACUUGACCACAAAGACAAAAAGGUCUCAAGGUUGGAACUUCCUCUAUUCCGUGUUCUUUAAAUGCUGGGUAUGAAAAUAUUUUCCUACUGUUUUGUACUUGACAAAAAGAGUGAACGUGUGAUGGGUUGAGAUGAAUCCCAACUCGGUUUAUUCAGGAAGGUCUUGUCUUCAUAUCAUGACUGAGUGCAUUGAGUGACUUUCACUCCCUGAACAUCAGAAUUCUCCCUUUAGCCUGAAAAUGACCUGAGGCAGACAAGUGUUUUCUGUGGUGUACAUCCGCUCUGCUGCUUUUUCACUUGCUCUUGCUUGUGCACCUUUAUUGCUUUUUUAGAGUAUUUUAAGAUGUGCUGACUGCCUGAACUGAUCAGGAGAUCGGCUUAAACGAAAACACCAAAACAUCUGAGCCUGUGUGGGAGGCAGCUUGACAUGUAGCGCUGACAAUACUGCAGUCACUGAUCUGCAUCCAGGAAACCCUCUCCAUUCUGCUUCAAAAGGUUGUUGAUUAUUUACAGCCUAACAUUUAUUUGCAGCUUAAGGGUAAAUCAAGUAACCCCUUUGCGGCUUGUCACCAUGGUAACUAUUUGUCUGCAGUGAUGGUAACCUCCAUUUUGAGAACACAAAUUGGACCGAUGACAACAAUUUUCCUGUUUUUCUUUAACCAGGUGUAUCUGGGUAAUCUCACCUGGAAAAGACUUUACUAUCAAACUUGCCCCGUCAGUGCUUUGCUUUUCUUGCUAAUGAUUCGGGCAAUCAACCAUUUCAUCUCCUUUGGCUCAAACAACAUUGUAUCAGUUUCUGUAAAUGCAGUAUGAUUGACGUGACUGAUGAUUGCAGAAUAUAAUAUGUGGAGUAGCUAAUAGAGCAGUGUCCGUUUUAAUGAGAUGCUAAAGUGGUGAAAAAGGAUCUUGUGCACUGCUUAGGCUACUGUGCCUUACGUGUGUCAAACUAGACAGACAGCACCACACUGUUACUUAAGUAUUAACACAUAUCCCCUUAACAUUGCUUUCUGGUGGACACUUGCUUCUAAAAUCACUUCAAAGGUUGCUUUGUUGCAUGUUACUAAUGUUGACCACAUGAUAUUUAAACCCUGAUUUCAAGCAUCUUUCCAAAUGAUGAUUCCUAACAGUUACAAGUGACCAAUGACCUUUUAUUUCCGCACUAAAUUUACUCUGAAGUUUUUUACGCGCUUAAAAACUGCAGUAUACCAUUUCUUUUGAAGAAUUUGUACAACGAAGGAGAUAUCACUAUAUUUUAAUUUCAGCACUUUUCAGCUGUUGGAGGACAUGUGCUGGUGGUAUACUAUGAAGUGUAAAUAUAUAAUUAUUUAAAAAAAAAAACAAGACGAGGGCCGUUGCAUUUCUAUGUUUGUGUGAUAAUGGUUAAGAGGCCUUAGAUGAGUUGUGUGCAAUAAUCCUUACUAGUAGCUGAGGGAACAUGUCGGGUGCAUUUUGAUUGGCUCAAGCCGCCACCGAUGUGUCAUUUUCUUUCAACCCCUCUGACCGACGGUAACUUCAUAGAUCUGUCAGAUUUUCUAAAUAACUUAACUAUAUUGUGUACUCGUUCAAAAUCUUACAUUUUUGAGGAGAAUCACACAAUCACAUUGUGUAUCUGCGUGUAACCUUACGUGUAUGUAACGUCUUUAAUUGGGUUUUGUUUGUAAUAAUUCCUCCUAAAUUCAGAGCUUUCUCUCCGUACACAUGGCAGUGUUAUUCACUACUCGGUUUUAAUCAAGGUUCUCUUCAUUUCCCAGUCUUCGUGGCAAGAAUUAAAACAUGUCCGAUUGAAUCUUUGUCAUCAGUAGAUCUAUGUACUACAUAUGGCUGUUUUUGUGUUCUCAUAAAAAAAAGAGAGUGAUAUUAAGUGCGAAUGUAAGAAGUCCUGGCAGCACCCCAAAGCAGAAAACUAAAGCUUAUUCUUCUACGAGAUCCUUUGUAUACUACUGCUGUCAUAUGUAUAGUGUGGCCCUUGUUUUAUGUGUAAAGGUGCUGGUCUCUGAGGUGAUUCAGUGAAAAUCUGUACAUAUAAAGAAAGUACA